AAUCAAAAUGCGGUGGGCGGGACGUAAAUCGAAGCAGCGGAAGAUUCAAACCUAAGAUGGCGGCGGUUGUAAACGAUCCCCAAAACAAUCACAAACUGAACAGAAGGUAGAAAUACUUUGUUUCUUUGCUCUGAAACAAUAGUUUUCGAACUUUUCUGUGGUACGAAUCUUUGCAUUUGCUGUCGUACUUUCUCCCUCUUAUGUUGGCUGACAGAAUUUUGCGUGUUUGUUAUGCUAAAGUUAGCUAACGUAUACCCGCUAUAACUGUGAAUAUUGUUUUACUUUAACCUGUUGUGCUGAUCAGCUCAAGAAUUGACUGUUUAUUUUCCUCCUUAUGUUGAACCCAAACUAAUUCUCGGUGUUUCUCUCACACAGCCAGACUAAAUGCAGCGUGUUUAACAGCCGGGGAAAGCCGGAGUCCAGCCAGCCUGUCAUCUUUAACCCAGACUUCUUUGUGGAGCGUUUAAGACACGAGAACCCGCAGACUUUCACGGAGUUGAUCCUGAGCAACAUAACUCGACUCAUAGACCUUCCAGGGGAUGAAUUUGCCCAGCUGACUGGGGAGUCCGAGCCCAGGGUGCCCUCCGCUUCAGGCUUUCUGCGGUCCCUGAACUUCCUGAAACGCAAAGGUGAGAUGAGAUAAAGCUUAAUUCAUCCCACGGUGGGGAAAUGUGCCGUGUUACAGCAGCAAAGGACCAGUACAGCAAACCGGGGUGUCUAACUCAGUGUUACGGUGUGUUUGACCCUAACUUGAUUUUUUGCUGGAAUAUCCCUUGAAGUUGGACCCAUAAAAAAAUGUUAUACACAGAAAAACGUAAGCAACAACAACAAAACCAAAAACAGUUCCACAGUGUGCAGAAAAAGAGAAUUGGACAUGUUAUUGUUGCACAUUAUCUGAGUUGUUAUACCUGAGAAAAAUAGAGGUAUUUGCAAUUGUAAUAAAUAAAUAAAUAUCUUGUCUGUCAGUAUUGCACAUAGAGGUAGCAUUGAGUUAUUGUCCAUUAGUUGUGCUAAAAAAUUGGACUACUGGGAGCAGGCCUGGUUAAUUUAGUCUGACUGCAGCAGGAAGGAAAGACUUGCUUUAUCUCUCUGUCACACACUGCGGGUGAAGAAGCCUGUCACUGAAGGAGCUGCAGUGCUGUUCCAGUGCUCUGCAGGGGGUGGGAAACAUUGUCCAUGAGAGAUGACAGCUUAACCAUCAAGAUAGACCUUCAGAGCCAGUAUGAGGUUUAUAACUGUGUUAAGAGUCCAAACAAUCCGAUGAAACAGGUGUCUUUGGGACAAGCCAGCUCACUUUAUAAAUAAAAGAGGUCUCUUAGCAAAUACAGGAACUCAAAGCACUCUACAGACUGAAAACAGAACUCUGAGCAUUUAGAGAAAUAUGACAAUGAGCAAAAAAGACUUUAAAAUGCUAAAUACAUAGACAGACUUAAUCUAUGACAGAAAAAAACAGUAUUGACUAUACAGCAGGAUGCCCAUACAGCCUGUAAAUCUACUUGUUCUAACCUUGAUAGCCUUUCAAAAACGUCCUUUCAAAAUGCCGUCCCCAAAGAAGACCAACAAGUCCAGAUUUUGUAAAAAAUCCGAACGAGGGCAAAUAGAUGUGCGGACUUACAGAUGGCUUUCACAUUGUCUAAUCAUCUUUAAAUUGAUAAAUUAGUGCAGCUUUGAUUCAGAGACUCCAAAAAGCCUGCUAACACACAGGGUUGUGUUAUGUAUUAUGCCUAACUUCCCCAUUCGAUGUCUUUCAGAAAAAGGAGUGGUUUUUGGUUCACCUUUGACUGAAGAAGGAAUAGCCCAGGUCUAUCAGCUCAUUGAAUACCUGAGUAAAAGUGAGUAUCAAAGACAAACACAUGCACAGCACCUGCCACAUUAAGGUCACCACCACCCAGAGCUCUCUGUGAUAUCAUGACCGCAUUUAUUUUGCAUGUGUGACCUCAAAUGACAAAAAUAUCUCUUACUACGACAGAAAGUGUGCCAGGCUGCCAUCAUUAGUCGUAUUUCGAUUCUAUAGUCUCUCAAGUUGUAUGUGUCAAAUUGCUUGAACAGUCUCUAUUUAAAUAACUUGGGGAUUAGUCUGUUAAGAGCAUUUGAGUCUCAUCUUAAAGCCUGCCUCUUUGUUCUUAAAAUUGAAAAGCAGGGAAUUCGCAUGAGGUCAUUGUUUAUUUUAAGAAAUUGAUGAUGUCAUGUGCUGCAAGUGGACGCUGGGAGCAAAAGCUUUAGGUCAAUAAUUCAUCUAAAAGCACUUUGCUCCUGCCGCCUAUCUCCUUCCAUUUCAUUCACUCCAUCCCUCUUCUCAGUGUGUCUGUGACUCCUUAUGCCUUCCCGCCUGCACACCACUCUUCUUUUUACCCCCUUCUUCGUUGUCUCUCUCCAUCUUUCUCUCCCAUGCCUUAGACCUUCAUGUGGAGGGAUUGUUCCGUGUGCCAGGCCACAGCCUAAGGCAGGCCGCCUUGAGGGAGAUGCUAAAUGCCGGCACAGAGAUAGAUCUAGACGCAGGUGACUUCCACCCCAAUGAUGCGGCAACGUUGCUCAAAGCCUACCUGGGGGAGCUGCCAGAGCCUCUGCUUACGCAUAGACACUAUUGUGCUCACCUGAAGAUAAGAGGUGUUGGCUCAAACACUGACCCUUUUCCAUGCUUCAAAAAUGUUAACAUGAAUGUACAACGACCCCCUUGGUGUUUUGAUUUGACCCCUCUUAUCUUUUAAUUUUCUUAUCUGCUGUGUCCAGAGCUGACUCGUUUUGAUGAAAAGGGGGAUAAGACAAAUGUGCCGGACAAAGAACGUCAGAUUGAAGCGUAUCAGCUGCUUUUCAUGUUGCUCCCACCGGCCAACCGCAGCCUUUUGAAGCUGCUGCUGGAUCUGCUGUACCAAACGGCUCGCAAUCAACACGUCAACAAGAUGUCUGCUAUUAAUCUAGCCACAAUGUUUGCCCCUCACAUCAUCUGGCCCAAAAAUGUAAGAGCCGUGGAAUUAUUUUAUAUUCUACCUUUUUUAUGUAGAAAAGUAUUUAACUUUUGUCAUCAGUGUAUUGAAAGCAUGGCUGAGUAUUAGUUAGAAUAUUGCAGCAGACAUCAUGAUACUUGAGUCGCAGUUGAUUUUAUUCCAAAAACUCAAGCAAGGGAAUGUAAAAAAAAAAGUUUUAUGCUUUAGAAAACCUAAUCCAAGGAAAACUUUCAAACUGUAAAAUAAGCAUGUCCAUUUGUAUAAAUUUUAAGAAAAAAAAAGGAGAACUUUACCCAUACAAACAAUAAAGUAGAGGGAUCAGUGUUUUUCUUUAUCAGUCUCUAAAAUUCAGCAUCAGAAAACUGCUCUUUGUGUGGUAACAGCAAAAGAAUCACAGUUGUUUUCAAAUUCAUCUUUAAAUUUGAGUUUCCGACACCCUUGGUUUGCGUUCUUUUGUUAAGCUUCAACCUUUUCUUUUUUGUGGGCGGCAGGUGAUGGCAAGUGAUCUGCAGGGAAACAUCGAGAAACUGAAUAACAGCGUCGCAUUUCUCAUCAGGCACUCACAGAAACUGUUUAAGGUAAGUAGCUGGACUGCAUGUUUGUUUUGAGGGUUUUGACUGAAGUUGAAGGAAAUCCUCGACUUUCAGAUCUGGUUUCAGAGAUCAUUGUUCCUCUGGGUCUUUACGUUUGUGUUGUUGCAUUCUCAAGAGAUGCAAGAAAAUAACAGCAGCACCUUUUAACUUUUCUGUCAGCAUUUUCUUCUCACUCUCACAGCGCUGUCGCUCUGCUUGAGCCUAUACUGUGCUGUUUGUGGAUCCUUGCUGUCUGAAUUAAUCAAUUUGAUCGAUAUCUCUUUUAAAAAGCUUGUUUUAUAUUCAGAAAUCCCUUGCUGCUCCUCUUUGUUUCUAGUGGCAUCUUGCUGUGUUUUCUUGCUGUGGACUGUGUAGCCAUGGAACAUCAAAUCCAAUUGAGAGUAAUAUUGAAAAUAUCCUCUGUGUUUUUGCGACAUUGGCAACAGCAGAAGUUGAAUUCACAAGCAGUGCUAGUGUUGCCAGAUACAGCCGAUAGUCUCCAGCCCAAAAGUUGUCCAAAAACUGCCGGAAUGCACAAAAACCCUCUGAUUUCAGGUGCAUAAUAAUCAUAACCUCUGAGAUAGGAUGUUACCCAACAUACAAACAUCAUCAACAGCCUGAACAUUCGUCUUACAGAGCUGAAAAAAAAACGGCUAACAAUGAUCUCUUUCAUGUCAUUGCAGUCCCAUUAUAUUGCACUUAUAUCUACAGAUGUGCCUCUCAGCACAAACACACAAAGACCACAUUUAUUGUGCUCAAGUGCCCACGCACAUUUUUCUGUACCUUCGAGACAACACUCAGGAAAGACAAGUUUAUGACACUUUAUCUAAUGUAGAACAUGCUGUGGGUUCCACCUUGACCAUGCUGGUGAACACCUGAAAGUAACUUUGUCCAACUUUGUAUGGUCUGGCACAAUACCCUAGUGCUAGUGAACAGCACAGCUAGAGCUAAUAAAUUAUAAAUGAAAGAAGAAAUGAGCAAACAACUGCCUGUUCAGUUUAACAAAGACUGUAACUUAAAUAGAAGUGAUGAGUUUUAAUGAACUGGCAAAGAGACUGAUCAAUUGUGAAUGUGUUAAAGCUUCUUAUCAACAUUGUCGCUUUCCUGUCUUCAUUUUUGCUCAUCCUUGUUAUUCAGAUUGAUAAAUUCCAGUCCCUGUGGUGGUCUGUUGUUACCUUCCCUUGUCUUUCUCACUGUAGUUGGGAGUUGGCUGAUUAGAGUGGCUUUCAUCUGACUCUUACUCUUUAUAGUUGAAGCAGACUCUUUUGUAACUAUAGCCUGUGCAGGAGCUUUAGUCACUCAUUUACUCACAACAACACGUCCAUUUCUCCAGCUGCUCUAAUAUUUUCUGCUCACAGUCUGUCCUUCUCGAGCUUGAGUGCUUCAAUUUUGCAACCAUAUGUUAACUUCACUCACACAGGAGUGAAGAACUCCCCAUAAUAAACAUCGCAGACUUCUGCAAAUGCAUGUACUAGACAGGGAAGGGAAGAGAACCACUUCUCUCUGUUCUUAACCCCAAAAACUGAUCAAACAGGUACACAAACAGCAGCGAAGGCACAGCUCUUUGGUGGAGUCUGAACCUCCUUUUUCUGUUAUUUACCUACCAAUAUAACCGGGGCUAACUAUGUCUCGUGUAAAUGACUGAUUGUCUGACUGCUUGCAGGAACAGAGAGCUUUCCUUGUCUUCACAUGAAAAACACAACAUAGAGUUAUCUUCAGUUCAGAAUAAUUUUAUGUGAUCACUGCAAACAAAGUAUCAGAUAAACGACUCAGAGCAGGAUUUUAUCACUGUUGGUUGUCUGUUUCUUGUCUGUUAUGAACGUUUGAUGACAAGACUCUUUUAAUCUGCGUGUCUCUUGAAAAUAUCUCAACACCUUGUCAUCUGUUGAAGACAUUCACGUUUGUCAAAUCAUGAAUAACUGUCUCAGAGAAAAUUAAAAAAACACUGAACUAAUUGGCUUCAUCCCGCUUCAUACCCGAUGGCCUGUAUUUAGAGUGUAAAGUCUGCUGAGUUAAAACUGCUGUUCUGCCCGUCAUUUACCAUUUUCAUUUACCAUUUUCUUCUCUUUUGUUACAUCUGAGCCCCACGUAUUUUAUCUUUAUCUGAAGAUCUGGUAUAGCACAUGUGACCUGAGUACUGUUUCAAACUUUAGGGAACAGAAACACGUGGGCUACACAUCAGAAGUUUUUGCUCUCUGUGUUGUCCUAGAGUACUUUUUUUUACCUCCUUUGACAAAAGCAAAAAACAAAAACAAAACUUCUGUGGGAUGAAAUGAGGAUAGAUGGCAUUGUCUCCCCUCAAGGUGCGUGAAGGGCUUUUAUUUUCCCUUGCCUAACCUGUUGUGAUCGUUAACAGUGCUUGUUGCCAAGGUUACAGGACAUGCAUCAAAGGAGAGGAGAGGAAAUGCAAAAAAAUGAUGUGAAAGCAGCUCCACACGAGCAGCCUGCUCUCAAAAGUGUGCCGCAAUCAAGGCUUUUUUAGGUCCUGAUCAUGGCUUUCUGUUUUUCCAUUCACAUUCAAAUGAACUAAUCAUUUACCUGCUUCCUAUCAAAGUACCCCUCCAGCUGAAAAGAAUAACAGAGACUCGUAAAUAUCAAUCAGUGAACAUAGGCUGUCCCAGAAUUAUUUUUUUAAUGAUCAGGCUCUAAUGUUUGUUUGCUUUCAUUGAAGGCACCUACAUAUAUUAAAGAAUACACCCGCCUGUAUUACACAGGAUCAAAAACUCUUCAAUCAAAGGUGAGUGCUUUUGCCAUAAUUUGCCUUGUUAGUUUGACACAAAGAAAGGUCAUGUUAGCACAGUUAGGUAUGUAUCUAUAAAGUUGUAAUCAAGGCUCCCACUUUUUGACUGUUUGUUGCUUAAUAUUCCUACCUGCAGCGCUCGAUACAUUCCUCGAAAAUUAAGCAUUGAUUGAAUAAUUAUCAAACGAUCUUGACCUGAAAACUCCGGGCAAGGUUUCAGUAUUUAGAUUUCAAAGCUAAGUGUUUGUCAGCACAUGUAUUACUGUGCACUCACAUGAACACAUUUGUACAAUCACAUUGCCUGGAGGGUUGUUUUAGUGAAAUAUCAGGCUUAAUGACCUUGUCACAUGUUACAUCUGACCCCUUCAGGAUGACUCGACUCUCUGCUCUGGGACUAAAGACAGAGAGACCAUGCCUGCAGUAACAGCUGCCUCCCCUUCUCCUCUAAUGGGAACAAUGGGAGGUGAGGUCAGCAGCACCUGCACAGCCAAGUCCUCUGAGACCCAGAGUUAUACUGAAUCUGCCCUCAGAGAGCUGUACGAACAGGUCAACAACAUGCCUGAGUCUGCCAAAAAGAAGAAACUCAUCAGACAGGUACAGUAGGUCAGAACACCUGUUGGCGGGAGAGAGAGAGAGAGAGGGACUGCACACCGACUAUCAUAACCCUUUUCUUACUUUUUUGUAGUUUGAGAAGCAGCCUUUGCUGACACCUUCAUCUGACUCUCGGGCGCCAUUCAGCAGGAAACAUUGGCGUUCUCGCUCUUUAGGUGGAAUUAUAAAGGUUUGUCCCCAGCUGUAAAGUUUACAAUAAUUGCCUUCACCUGUCUGCCGUCAUAUGUAGUCUUUUGUGUGACUGCUGACACAGCCCGAGUGUGUUGCCUGUCCAUGCUGUGUCCAUGCAUGUUGCUAUUAGAGAUGUUUCAAAGAUACUGGGACACAUUUGAUAAAAUUCAGUAAAACAUGCUUAUUUCCUGAAUAUCUUGGUAUCUUCUAAAAUAUAAUCUAUCUGUCACUCAUGACACUUUGUGAAAAAAACAGAGGAGAGUGUUGGGAAGCCAAUCAUCAACAGAGAAAGAAAACAGCAGACAGCAGAGUCCUUCACCCAGCAGUGCAAGUGACAGCAAUAAAGGGAGAACCUCUCGGUGUGAAGCGGUGAGUAUUGCGUGGUCACAACACAAAGAAAACAGAAUUCAAUUUAGUUCCGUUCUAUAGGCUUUAGAAAACAUUUGACAUAUGUUCUGUUCCUGAACAUCUUGUAUCUUGUUCCAAAUACAAACCAGCUAUGUGGUGUGACCUUGAAACGGAUUCAUCAUUGCUCUACAAGACCACCAGAAGAUUUACUUUUUCAUGUUCUCUAAGUUUGUAACCAGAUCUUUGUAACACGAGAGAUGCCUUUAGGAUUGACUUUGCUUGAUGUUAAAGAAAGGCAUGAGAUCAGGUUAGCAGCUGCCACAUAGACUAUGGACAUCUCAGAUCACAUUCCUAUAUGUCUAUCAUUAAGAAUAUUAAGUAGAUGUAAAUAAACUCUGUGAAUUAAACUGACAUAUCUGAACACAGAUAUGGUAGAGCACUUAAAGGAAAUAGAUUAUUUUAAGCUCAACGGAAAUGUGUCAAGCUGUGCUCAGGGACACAUGCAAGACAGUUGAAGUAAUCAGAAUACUGUACGAUCAGACCAUUUACUCUAUAAGAGGUCCCAUUAUAGAAAAAAAACUGCUAUAUUGUGAAAAACAGUUUUAAAAGUCUCUCUGAAAAACGAUACACACAACCACAGGUGGAGGUUAUGAAAAGAUAUGAAAUCAUUCAGCAUACGGCCACAAAACAAGGUGUGAGGUUUGGUAAAAACAAGGGAAGUAUGUGCUGUUAUGGAGUGAAAGGAAAUAAACCACCAGACCCUGAUGAAUUUACUGCACAGCAGUACAAAAGCUUGUUCUGUCACUCGUCCCUUUGAACACUCUUCAUCUGGUCGUGUUUAAAAGAGAAAUUCUAAUCUCAUAUACAUCAACCCAUAACCAGACCAGCUGAAUUGUAGAAAAAACAAAUCUAUAAGUGUAUGAAAUGUUAAUUACAAGUUGUUUACUUCCAUCUUGGCUAAAACAAAUAAAAGAGGUCCACGCACAGAAUGUUAAUUUAGACCAGACAAAGCCGGGACAUUUUAAAGGGAACAUUACAAAUAGAGAGAUGAUUAAGAACUAAAUUCCGGCUCUGUCCGUGAGUCCAUUUUCUGAAAAGGUUUUUCAUCCUGUGAGGUUUGUAUUUUUCUGACACCUUGAAUCAAAAAGCAGCUUUAUUUGGAUUCAACUUUAAACACAGACCCAUCAUUGAACCAAUCAUAAAAGCUCACAGCAUGACCGAAGAUAAAUGAGGAAUUAUCAGAUUCAUUUAUACUCAAACGACCAACCGGACAAUCCCACAAAUUAUCUUCUGUUUGCAAUUUCUGUGCAGGGUUAGGCAAAAUGAAACAGUUACAGGGACAGAAAUGAGGAAUUGCUGAGGAUGAUUCAUGCUGCCAAAAAUGUAUAAAGCUCAAACAUUGAAUCAACUGAGAUGAACAUUCUGCCAAGGGUCUGGUGAAAAGAAGGAUCCACAGUUAAAAGAUUGAAGAAAAUUGUUUUUUUUAGAGAUUUCUGCUCAUGAACGCACAGGACAGAAUCAGAGAUUUGACAAAACUGCUUUGUCAAGAGGGGGUACCAACAUCUAUUCAAGCUGAAUCCUGACAGAAGUUUAACAGGACUCAGCCUAUUCAGAAUAACAAAACUCCUAUUUCACUACCUCCAGUGAUGUUUAUGUUUGGAGUGAGAAUUUUGACAAACUGAUCAAAAUGCAAACCACUGAACAACAAUCAAGUAGUCGCCUGACCAUGUCUUCACAUAAGUUCAUCAGUGACUUUGAAAGGACUGUCAAGUAACCUCACAUGUUUGUCUCUGUCUCCUCGCCUCUUCCAGGAUUAAACACCUUUAACAGAAUGUUCUCUUCACUGCUGAGAGAACGGAGCCUGACUGUUACUAAAGGGAGUUAUAAAUAACCCUCUCAAGCUGUUAUUACAUCUUCAUUGUCCUUCAGCGCCAUGUUUAGAUUGGUGCUCGGGAAAGAGGGUAGUCAAAGGUGGAAGAGUAAGUUAGAUGGUAAGGAAAUCAGAAAGUAUUUGCAGUCCAGUAUGUGUUUCUUAAGACUGUUCAGGUUAAAAAGGGUUUGAUGGUAAACAGUGAGGAUGUUAUGUUAUUGAUACAAGCCGAUUCAGGCUAUCACUUUUCUUAUAGUCGAAAGGAGUUUUAUCGAACUUCCAAUUGUUGUUGUUGUCUAUUUAAAAUGCUCUUAAGAUAGAUUACUUUCUCAUCGACUGAAGCUUGUUUAUUUUAUUUACAAACCUGAUAUUAUUUAUUCCUGGGUGUUUGUGAGCCCUGCAUGUGCAUUGAACUGUAUCUCUAGACUGAAAUAUUUAAAUUUAACCUAAUUUGGAAAUAGUGUUUUAGCAGACUCGCAGUGUGAUUGCUGUCCAAAACCAAGUAGAAAAGAUGUGCCUUAAAGUAAAUGUAUCUUAAGUUACUCUGAAAAUCUUAUUUUAUUUAACGCUUGUCUUUUAAAUACUGGAAAGCUCUCAAGAAUAUGCAUGAUUUUUUUUGUUUCUGCUCUAAUGUGAGAAACUUAAAGGGGAGACUGUAGGUUAGAGGUCAAAGCCUGUGUGAACAUUUUUUAUUUUAAUUCCACUUGAACCCAAAUCUUAUGUGUCAAAGCUGUGAUGCUGUAAAAUACUGCAACUUAAUUUUGUCUUGUUUAGCAUUAUUAUUAUAUUAUAUUUCCUCUCAGGCCAGUUUUGAUUUUUAUUCAACUUUUAUGCAUUUUUUAAAGCUUUAAUAUACAUUUCUAUCUUUAUAGUGUGUCAGGUUUUUGAGCAUUAAUUUUCACAAUUUUUAAAACAUUUUUACUCAGUUUUUGUUUUCAUUUCUGAUGAAGAAGGAUCGUUUGAUUGCCUUCUACUGUGGUUAUAAUCCAGUGUUUUCUGGGAGUGUUUGAGCCACUUUAAAAACUCUUUGUUGUCCUGAUCCUUCUGUAGAGGUUUCAUCUUUAAUGGUGACUCUGCUGAGCUGUGAUGAAUUAUCUAGAACCCAAUGGCGGAGGUUGUCAACUGUAUUGGCAGUGUGGACUGAUGGUAUUGGCAAUACUGUGAAACUAUGCAACCCACUGUAAUUAAAAGACAACAAGCAAAG